AUGUUUGAAAUUAAGAAAAUCUGCUGUAUCGGGGCCGGUUACGUCGGUGGGCCAACAUGCAGCGUGAUUGCUCAGAUGUGCCCUAAAAUUAAGGUCACCGUGGUUGACGUCAACGAAGCUAGAAUCGCCGCCUGGAACUCCGACACCCUUCCGAUUUACGAGCCAGGACUUAAAGAGGUAGUAGAAUCAUGCAGAGGAAACAACCUCUUUUUCUCCACCGACAUUGAUGAUGCCAUCAGGGAAGCUGAUCUUGUAUUUAUUUCUGUUAACACCCCAACCAAGACCUACGGCAUGGGGAAAGGCCGGGCUGCGGACCUGAAAUAUAUCGAGGCUUGCGCAAGAAGGAUCGUGCAAAACUCCAACGGUUAUAAAAUUGUGACCGAGAAAAGCACCGUUCCCGUGCGGGCCGCGGAGAGCAUACGCCGCAUAUUCGACGCCAACACGAAACCGAAUUUAAAUCUGCAGGUCUUAUCCAACCCGGAAUUCUUAGCGGAGGGCACGGCCGUGAAGGACCUCAAGAAUCCGGACCGCGUAUUGAUAGGGGGAGAUGAGACGCCCGAGGGGCAGAAAGCCGUCCGUGCAUUGAGUGCCGUCUAUGAGCAGUGGGUGCCCAGAGAGAAGAUCCUGACCACAAAUACGUGGUCUUCGGAGCUGUCCAAACUGGCCGCUAACGCUUUCCUUGCUCAGAGGAUCUCCAGCAUCAAUUCCAUCAGCGCUCUCUGCGAAGCCACGGGGGCCGAUGUGGAAGAGGUGGCCAGAGCCAUCGGGAUGGACCAGAGAAUUGGAAACAAAUUCUUGAAAGCCAGUGUUGGUUUUGGUGGCAGCUGUUUCCAAAAAGACGUUCUCAACUUGGUUUACCUUUGCGAGGCUCUGAACUUACCUGAAGUGGCUCGCUAUUGGCAACAGGUGAUUGACAUGAAUGACUAUCAGAGAAGGAGAUUCGCUUCCCGGAUCAUUGAUAGCCUCUUCAACACCGUCACCGAUAAGAAGAUUGCAAUUUUGGGAUUUGCGUUUAAAAAGGACACGGGAGAUACCAGAGAAUCAUCCAGUAUCUACAUCAGCAAAUACUUGAUGGACGAAGGUGCCAGACUCCACAUCUACGAUCCCAAAGUGCUGAAGUCGCAAAUCAUUCUUGACCUCUCUCACCCAGGUGUGUCAGAGGAUGACCAAGUCUCCCGACUGGUCACCAUUAGCAAGGACCCCUACGAAGCCUGUGACGAGGCCCACGCUCUAGUAAUUUGCACCGAGUGGGACAUGUUUAAGGAGCUGGAUUACGAGCGCAUUCACAAGAGAAUGCUGAAGCCGGCAUUUAUCUUCGAUGGCCGGAGAGUCCUUGACGAUCUUCAUAAUAAGCUGCAAGGGAUCGGAUUCCAGGUCGAGACAAUCGGAAAGAAGAUAUCAGCCAAAAGGAUUCCCUUCGCUUCGUCCGGCGACAUCCCAAAAUUCAGCCUGCAGGACCCCCCUCUAAAGAAGCCGAGGGUGUAGGCGUCGUUGGUACAGAAAAGUUGGAAUAAGAAGGAAAACAGAGGAAAAUAACAGGCACCUUUCAGCCUCAGUCAAGCCUUUUCAGAGGAUUUUAUUUCAAUGGGAGAUUUUAAAUAAUCUCCCACUGAAAUCCCACUUAACCGCGCUCAGCUCUGGCUAAAGAAAGUUUAGUAUUUUUUUGCAUAGGGAAAAGGAUUUUUAUACGAACCGUUAUUGUACAGCACCGUUGUAUAUGGGACAUUUUCAGCCAGAUUGUUUUAUACCGUCUAUUUUUCCAAUAUUGUAACUUCUACCCAUGAUGCGUGAACUACCCAGCCGUCGUCUUUUAAUAUUUUUUUAACGGAACGACCCCAUCGGCUUCGAACGUCAAGAUUAGGUUUUUGCGAGAUUCGCAAACUUAGUUUUAUGUCUUGGGAGUUGAAAGUAGAAGAAAGUUAAGAGAUUUCCUAAAUGGAUAGUCAUCUAUUUAUACUCUGCAACAUUGUUCGUGUUGGAAGUUUAAAUGAGACUUUGUCAGGUUGUGGAGACUCCAGCGAAGAUUUUUUUUUUUUCAUGAGUGAAACCGAGGCAUUAAUGAAAUGACGGUUGAGGUUCUUUGCAUAAAAAUAAUGCUUAUUCCAGAGAAGGGCCCAAAUAGGAAAUUUAUUAAUUCUGCUUUCUCUUCAGCUGCUGAUACGUUGACCAUCACUUCCAGAGGUUUCUACAGAAGCCCACCUUAGAAGCUAAGCAAAGCACGCAUUUCGUACUGUGACUAAAAACAGAGUUGGAAAUUUAUAAUUCCCUCCACCUAUGGAAUUGAUCUGAUUUUAGUACACUAUAUUAAGUUCUGACUUAGUGUAACCGUGGUUUACUGAAUAAAUCAAAGUUGGUUGGGUUCGUACAAUACCAUAAGCCAACACCAAACAAGGCAAAAUAUGGUUUUAAGCAUGUCGCCUGAACUGGGACACAGAAUAUCCUUAAAAUGUCUGGGAAUGUUUGCUUAUUGUUCAGAGUCUUUGAUAUUAAUCUUACCAACAUCUUUCCUCAUCCUUAUUACAGGACACAGAGAUCUGAUUUUUUAUUUAUUUUUUGGCAGCUUGUUCCAGUAAACUAGGACAUGUAAAAUAAUGACCCAUAGGAUGUUUUCCGAGGAAUAAAUACAAAAUUGGAAUAGCCAUCACUGCAAUGGGACUGUUGUGUAAUUCUCAACACAUUUGCUCUGCUCGUAAUCAAAAUGGAAGUCCUUGGAUCAAGAGAUCGUUUUUUUGUCAAACUGCCUCUAAAUUAGCACGUCGAUUUCAUUUUUGAUUCAGAGAUUCAUUCGUACCUUUUAUAAAGAGAUCUUGUUAGUUGGGGUGGGUGGGUAAAAAAAAAGAUAAUAUUGAGUCUUGAGCUCCAAUCCAACAGUUUAAUCAAGAAUAUCAUUUGCAGCGCAGAUGCUUUUAAUCCUAUUUAUGUCCAACGAGAAAAGACAUUUAUUGUGUUACAUGCCAACGGUGAUCAUGAUUUGAGUUGCUCACUACUAGGAUUGUCAUUGAAAAGACGGUUAACAACGGGAUGGGGUUAAUGGAGCAAACAAUGAUUAUUGAUGUGCUAGGAAAAAAAUGCAUAUCAAUCUUUUGAUUCCUUAAUGUACGGGCCUCGUUCUACUUCUGUUUUUCUUGAUUAUGUAUGCAUACCACAUAAUGGAUAAUGACAUUUUUUUGUGUGUGUACAAUAUUGGAACAUGUCAGGGUCCAGGAACAAAUAAAAUAUUUUGUAUUCUUUUUUUUACAAAGCA